AUGGGCUUUCUCCCAACACCGUGGAAUUGCAUUUCCAAUCGCAUUGCUAUCAUCUGUCAUCUCCAAGAGAACUUGACUUCAUUAAGACAGACAAGGGAUGAACUCGAAAACAUCAGCAAAGAUGUCAGGAGCAAUAUCAAGGGAGAGCGAGAGAUCCAAAAGAAAUGUUUGGGAAGUUGCGGUCCCAGGAACUGUUACUCUAGCUACAAGCUUGGUAAAGAAGUAAAUAAGGGGACCGAAGCUGUGAAGGAUUUAAUAAACAAAGGGAAGGAAUUCAAAUCUUUGGAUGAUGUUUCUGAAAAACUUCCUCCGCAUCCAGUGGAUGAGAUAUCUGUGAAGAAGACUCUGGGCAUGGACUCCAUAUUGGAUGAAGUUUGGAGUUGUCUUGACGACCAUGAAGUGAGUGCGAUCGGCAUAUAUGGGAUAGGAGGUGUUGGCAAGACCACCCGCUUACAGAAACUCAGCAAUAAAUUCAUCGAUAAAAGACGAGAUUUUGAUUUGGUGAUUUGGGUUACGGUGUCUAAAGAAGUGAACUUGAAUCGAAUUCAAGAAGUUAUACGAAAUAAAUUAGAUAUUCCAGAAGGAAAAUGGAAAAGCAAAAUAGAUGAGCAUGGUAGAGCUGCAGAAAUCUUCAGAAGCUUAUGUAGAAAAAAGUUUGUGCUAUUACUAGACGAUCUGUGGGAGCGAAAUCAGCGAAUAGAUCUGCUCGACAUGGGAGUUCCUGACCUUUCAUGCCAUCAAAAUGGGUCAAAAAUUCUAUUCACAACCCGUUCAGCGGAUGUGUGCCAUAGCAUGGACGCUGCUGUCAAGAAAUUCGAAGUGAAGUGUUUGUCAUUUGAUGAAUCCUUUGAAUUGUUUCGACGAUGUGUGACGGACGAAGUUUUGAACUCGCAUCAUCAAAUUACAAAGUUUGCUGAAACUGUUGCUAAAAAGUGCAAAGAGGAUCAUAUGAUUAGAAAAGAUGAAGUAAUUGACCUCUGGAUUGCGGAGGGAAUUUUGCAUAAUUAUGGUUUAAAUGAUACAAGAGAUGCAGGAGAGUUUAUUAUUAGAAGUUUGAAACAUGCAAGUCUGUUGGAAAAGGUUGGAGAUUCUGAUGAUUAUGUUAAGAUGCACGACGUCCUUCGUGAUAUGGCUCUGUGGUUAGCUUCGGUCAAGGAGAACAAGAUUUUUGUUUUUGAAAAUCAAGAAUCCAUUAAAAAACAUGGCAUUGCUACAUGGAAGGAGGCAACUUCAAUAGACACAUUUCCUAGUCCAUUCUUUCAAUCUAUGCAUGCCAUGAAAGUUUUAGAAUUGUCAAAGCAUCUUUUCUUAACUCGGUUGCCUGCCAUGCUUGAAAUGAUAAAUUUGCCGUAUCUUAAUUCGUCGGAUACGGAUAUAGAAGAGUUGCCAAUUAUGGCUAACAGUUGGACAAAAUUGAGGUUUCUGCUGUUAGAUGGUACAAGGGGACUCAAAGCUAUUCCAGAAGGAGUGAUAUCAAGUCUUUCAUCGCUCCUAGUGUUCGGCAGAGUACCAACUAAAAAUGGCCGGCUGUAUUUUCAGCCCUUUUGGAAUACAAUAUUGUUACAAGAGUUGGAGUGCUUGGAAGAUAUAGAAGAAAUUAGUGUCACCUUGUUUACAGUCGAUGCUGUAUUUCAAUUAAAAUCAUCCUCUUCAGUCCUAAGUUCUAGCCGUUUCGACAACCUUCAUGAUCUCUAUAUCAAUAAUUGUUUGAUAAAAGAUUUGGCAUGCGUCAGAUAUGCUACACGGCUUAGAUUUAUUUUUGCUGGAAAUUGUCCCUUAUUAGAAGAAAUAAUUCCGUAUGAAUUCAGCUCUUCAUCAGGCGACCUUAACAUGUUUGAAAAUCUGAAGCAAAUGAAUUUUAGUGAUCUACCACUUCUAAAGAGCAUAUGCCGUGUCAUGCACCUCCCUUCCCUGGAGACGAUACACGUAGACAAUUGCCCAAGUCUAACAAAACUCUCACUUGACGUUUUCAACGAGAAUAACAGCAGAAUUUCGAUCUUGGGACAUAAAGAGUGGUGGGAGGAGCUGGAAUGGGAGAAUUCGAGUUCAAAAGUUUCUUCUCCCUCUAUGCAUCAGACAGCACAAUAUUGUUCCGACAAUUUUCCACACUUUAAAGAAGCUGUUUGGCGGUAUUCAGAUAAUCCAAGUUAUACAUAUGAAGCAACAGUGUUUGAAAGCACUAUUGAGGAAAAGAUUUUCGAAUUCAGUGUAAGAGCAGUGCGGUACAUCCGAGAAAAAUAUGCAGCUCGAUGUCCCCGUGCAAGAGUUCAACCUGGUUGA